AAAAAAAAAGAUUACGUCCUACGCAUGUCAUGAGUCAGUCUUGUCAUGCAUGUUAAUCAAUGACUUAAACUCUGCUAAGUCUUUUUUUUUCCUGGCUGAUUCAGGCAACCCAUUCCAUUCUCUACUGGCACUAAGGAAGAAGGAGGGAUUAGCAUCCUUCACAUUCUCCUCACUCCUCAGCGACGCCACAAAUACUGGAUGCAGCUGGUGACGGGAGCAGUCAUUAUAAAAAUCUUUCGACUGGCCUCAAAAACCGGUAUUUCUAAUCACCAUGUUAUUGUUUCCUCAUAACUUGAGAUGAAGAUUGGAGUAUUUAGUCAAGACAACGUUGACGUAUACAGUGGAGAUUUUUGCAAUAAACUAAGCAAUGUCAAGGACGCAGAACUGAACUUCACUGUUGCCAAAGAAAGAAAGAAUUGAGCUCUAUUAUAGCAAUAUCUCAAUGUGUGGCAGUUGAUCUUUGAAUCAAAUCUCCUUAAUGUUACCGCUAGUUAGUUGCCCAUUUGCUUUUAUAUAAUUUUUUAAGUCAGAAUAAAAGACCAAUAUAGAUCUAAAUUAGACCUAGACUGGACGCGCCGAUUUCUUAACACAACACAAAAAUGUCGUGAAAAAUUUCCAAGAGCUAAAACAAGGUGUUGAACGAAAUAAAUUCUUUUUGUACCAUUUAUGUUGCCAUUUAUAGUUACAAAAUCUAAUCUACAAAGAUCUAUAUAAUGAAUCUAUUUGACUGUGCAAUCUAAAAUCGUAAGAUUAUUAAAAUCAACAGGCAUGAAUUAUUUAGAUCUAGCAUUGUUACAAAUCUAGGAUUUCAAAACAUUAUCUCAAAGGAAAGUAACAGGAAAUGGCCUUAUUUCAUGAAUUUGAGUGAAUAUAUAGAUCUGUGAUCAAUACAUAACAAUUUAUAUAUAGGUCUGAGAGUUGAUCAAUCGCAGAUAAGAAUUAGUAGGCCUAUUCGUUUUCCAGUCUAGAUAUAAUAUAUAUAGGUCUGUGGCACAUACAUUAUCAUAUACCUUUAAAAAAAAGCUUAACUUAGCCACACUUCCAGGAGACACUAAAAAGCUAACUAUUUAUAGUUUUUUCCCGCCAUGUAUGAAAAUCUCAAGGAAUUAUUAAGUGACUGAGGAAGAAGCAGUUUUACCAUGCCUCAACUACCAAAAGACAGUUUUAUGAUUUCGGAUGAAAUCAAGUUCUAUUUCGACUUGUGGUUUGCUGUGGUGGCGACCACGUGCCUGGCAUCCAUGAGUAUCGUUUUAAACGUCAUCAACAUGGCCGUCUUCGUGAAACAAGGUCUGAAGGAGCGAGUGUACUUUACUCUCUUUUGUCUGUCUCUCGUAGACCUGCUGGGCGCAACUUCUCUGGUCGCUGUGGGAGAAGGUUUAAAUGCAGCUAUCUGGCCAGAUGGGAUCAGCGCAGAGCGACUGACAUACAUUUUUAUCUUCGGCUGGUUCAGGAACAUGUUUUCCGACCUGGCAACUGCCUUGACAGUCUUCUUAUCAAUAGAAAGAUGCAUUUGUGUUACCUGGCCAUUCUAUUUUCAAUCUACGUCCAGCUUCGUCGCCAGAAGACCAAAAAUUAUAAUUGUUACCAUUCUUACAUUCGUUGUUCUAAAUUAUAUUCCAAUUUUUAUAUGCAUAAGGUUCGUGUCAUUUCAGAACGAGGCCAAUAACUCGACUGUGUUUGUGUUAAUGUAUUCAGACGCGUAUUUCACCUUGCAGACGUUUAACGACAUUGUCUUUGGUAUCAUUUUGUCUGCAGUUUGUCUGGUCUGUGUAUUUAUCUGUGCUGUGGUCAUGUACAGAGGGCUGAGGCUCUCAGGGGAGAUAAGGGAAUCGAGUUAUAACAAUAUCAAGGACAGAGUGAAUGGAAUGUCUAGAAGAGAUAGAGAAAUAGUUCGCAUGAUUUUGGUGCUGUCGAUUCUCUACAUGAUGUCCAGCUUGCCCCAGAUUUUACAUUGCUGGACAAGGGCGAUCAUUCCAGAUUUAGCAGCAGGCGAGACUAUGAAGCUAAAUAGAGUCAUUGGAGAGUUAGUCAUCUUUAUGAGCGCCACUUUUGGAGCAUUUAGCUUCUUCAUUUAUUUCAGAUUCAAUAAAAAAUUUAAGCUGACACUACAUCAGAUAAUAUUAUGUCAGAUGGCGCAAAGUUUGUAGUUGACCUUGACCAGUCUCUAAUAGUUUUCUUUAGACUUCAUUUUGAUGUUCAAAAGUAAUUUUUUAAAUGACAUCCUCCUACCUACGUUAAAAUUGUUUUGUGUAAAUAUGGUACUAUACGGAGAUCUCAAUAAAAAUUCCAUAAGCGCUCCAAAACUAAAGCUUAACAAAGAGAAUUUCAAUCGGACCUAUCUGGUAGGCCUACUUCAAGGUGGCAAAAUCUGAAUUUCUUGAUAGAAAUAUUUAAAAGAGAUUUUAAGACUUGUUUUCGUUUCAGACAUGCGCAAAUGUAAUUUAUCGUCACAUGAGGAAGAUAUUUAGAAAUAUUCACGCCACAAAAAAAAUCAAAAAGUAAAUCGAAUAUUGACUCGAGCCUUAUCUUUGGAGUCCUUUAGCUAAGCUAAAUUGCCCAAACCUUCUAUAUACAUAUAUAAAAAAAAAACCAGCGAGAACUAAAUGGGUCUUCAGAGGAGUCAACUAUUGAGUUAGUUUUCAUUUAUUUGACUUUGUAUAUAUUUUUAAAAUAAAAUAUAUGAUGGCCCCAUCCCACGCCCAAAUUUCUGUUUUUUUUUUAAACGUAUGAGUUUGUGUUUUUCUU